AUGCUGGGGAAGAGGAAGAGAGAGGUUACAGUGGCCUCGAGGAGGAGAGCAGCGGCCGUCAAGGACGAUUCUACGCGUGAUACGUCUACCGAGGAUGCACAGGAACGACUUCAGAAAUAUUUUGAAUCCCGCUUCGAACCUCUGGAAUUACCCGGGUCGAGUUCAGGGGCCGUCUUAGAUGGAUCCAGUAAUGCGUCUAACACGGAUGAUAGUGACCAGGGCGAGUGGGAUGGCAUUGAGGAAGAGGACAGCGGUGAAGAUGAGGAGAGCAGCGGACCACCACCAGAAGUGGUGGACUACAGCACAGCACCAAAAGAACGGACGGAGGUAGCUGACAAGGCUACUAUCAAGAAAUUUAUGAGCUCAAAACCACCGUCUCUUUUGUCUGACCCUGCUAAGCCGGCAGCGACGAAGGGGAACAAAAAAGGUGGAGAAAAAGCUACCGACGACCAGACGACGGAUGCAGACAACCUCAAGAAUGACCUAGCUCUGCAGCGUCUGCUCAAGGAGUCUCACCUCCUUGACUCUGCAUCCGACCUUAACCCGACUGGUGUGAACAGGCACAAGGCCAUUGACCUUCGUGCACAAACCGCUGGUGCAAAGACAUCUAUUUUCACGCAGAGAAGCAUGCCAAUGUCCCACCGGAAAGGGAUUUCCGCGAAAGCUACACAGAAAGAGGAUAGACGACGGCGUGAGGCGCAGGAAAAUGGAAUCAUUCUAGAGCGCCCCUCGCUUGCUAAGUCUAAGCCGGCAGCCAAAAAACGAGAGCGUGGUAUCGGCGGUCCGUCGGUUGGCAAGUUUGUUGGCGGAACUUUGAAACUCAGUCGUCGGGAUGUUAUGGCAAUUCAAGGCCCGAAGUCUAGCAAGAAGGGAGGCAGGGGAUCUGGAAAGGGAAAGGGGAAACGCCACUAG